AUGGCCAACGAGCAGAUCUUGGUCACGGGUGCAACUGGCGUGGUGGGACGCUCUGCUAUGCAGUUCUAUGGUGAGCGGGGAUACAACGUGAUUGCUGUGUCUCGACGGAAGCCUUUGAAUACAUAUGGCGCCUCGUGGCACUCGCUGGAUCUGUCAGACGAAGCCGCGUGCAAGGCUCUGUUGUCGCCGUUGACGGGCAUCGUGCAAAUCGUGUUCGCGGCCCUCCACGAGGAGCCGAACCUGGUGGCCGGGUGGCUACAAAAGCAGCAUAUCGAUCGCAAUGGGCUCAUGCUGCGCAACACGGUCGAAGCAGUUGCGCCGUAUGCCAAGGGACUCCGCAAUGUCACCAUCCUGCAAGGCCCCAAGGCUUAUGGGGUGCAUGUCCACCCGAUGCGCCACGGAGCGCGAGAGGAUCGCGACGAGGAUCGAGCCGUGCCCAACUUCUACUGGGCCCAGGAAGAUUACCUCAAAGCCCGACAGCAAGGUGAGAAUUGGAGCUGGAACAUUGUUCGACCUUCACUCAUCAUCGGCCUGAGUAUCGGGGGUGCCAUGAAUCUAUACGGCACGAUCGGUGUCUACGCCGCCGUCCUCAAGGAACGGGGAGAACCCCUCUACUUCCCCGGACACGCUUUGGGCGUCUUCGAGUCGACCGACGCUGAUUUGAUAGCCAAGGCCUGCGAAUGGAUCCUGCACGAACCCAAGGCAAAGAAUCAAAUCUACAACUUGACCAACGGCGAGAGUUCGAGCUUGCGGGAAGACUGGCCCUUGGUUGCCCAAACCCUCGGCAUGCAACCGGGCCCUGACAAGCCGUUCUGCUUUACCAAGGAUCUUCCAAGCUUCAGCGAGGAAUGGGAUCGGAUUCGAGAAAAGUAUGGGCUCAAGGCUCCUGGAUUGGACGAGUUCCUGGGGCAAAGCUGCCAGUUCACCGAUUUCAUUUUCGCAAAGGCUAAGACCCAAAGCAGUUUCAUGAGUUGCAUCAAGAUCCGGAGGGCUGGGUUCUCGGAUACGGUCUAUACCGACGACAUGAUUCGCAAAUGGUUCAAGUUGUACCAAGACGAGAAAGUCCUCCCGCCUGUUUAA